AUGAGGGAAUUGAGCUCUGAAAAACUUUCCCGCGCUGAGAGACUGGAGUUAUGGAAGAAGGAGAAGAAGUCAAAAAUUGAGUCCAACAAGGGCGACAGCAAGGCAAGAGUCCUAAAGGACAUUCCUGUCAACCAUGCGAGAAAAAUAGCGCCCAAGGACACGCCUCGCCCUGAGGCGAAGACGGAGAGGAAAAUCCUGCCUGCCUCUUCGUCCAACUUCAAACAGCACCACCAGAGGCUUCAAGUGAACCGGGCGAGGAACGCUCAGGCUCCCGUCACAGCCCGGACGUCCACACAGAAACGAGUGAAGCCCGCAAACGACAUCAAGUCCUCUGUUGAGAAGCUUUACAGCGGGAUUCGAGAUAUCCAGGAGACGAAGGCAUUGAAGGAGCAGGAAUGUGAAAAGAAAGCGAAAGCAGAUCCAGCAACGAAUGUAGCAGGACAAGACGCCAGUUUUCAGCAGGCGGAGCCCUCGGAUGUAGCAGCCGACACCGAAUAUUCUCUUCUUGAGUCUGAGACGGCUAAGUCAAGCAUGAUUGAUAUCCGAGAGAAACAGGGGAGCUUGCAAGAUUCCGACGUCGAAGGAUGCGGAGGUGACAUGGUCCAGCAAGUCGAUACAGUGCUGGAUUGUGCUGCGAGAGAGGCGGAAGGAGAGGAGGGAGCUCAGAUGGAAGAGGUCAAGGCAGAAGAGGAAGUAGAAGAGGUGAAGGACGAAGAUGACGGAGAGGAGUCCGUCGGUGACCGCUGCUCCUUGUCGCCAGUGGAGCUUCCAGCAGACUCCGAGGGCACAGCUGAGCAGGUCGAUCAGGUUGCGGCCACAGGAGAGGAUUCUCUGUCUUCGACUCAAGUCAUGAAUGCUCCGUCUUCCAGCAAGCAGCGUGCAAGUCCGAUCCCUGAGAACCUGGAGGAGGAGGAGGAGGAGGAGGAGGAGAACGUCAGUCAUGAUGGAGGAGGCGAUGUCGAUAAGUUGAAGUUCGCGCUCUACAAGGUCUCGAACAGGCUGGCUAGGUGCACGUCGUUGCUCCAGGAGGCCGUGAAGGAGAACGCAGAGCUCAAGCAUCAGCUGGCCUUGAACGAGGGCUUCAAGAUCCGGUAUGAGGCCCUGGAGAGCACGGUGAAGGAGAUGAAGAUGGUGGAGGAAGCGAAGGAGGCCGCUGCUGCGAGCAUGCAGGAGGAGGCAGGAGGAAGCGAGGCGGAGGGAGACUUGAGCAGGAAGAGGGUAGGAGGAAAGCUCAGCCCUCCCCAGCUGAGCCCCAAGAGAGCCAGGAUGGAGGACGGCUCCCCUACCACGAGCUCGGAACGAAUCCGUCUUCUGACCGAGAGGAUUCUUGCCCAGGACAAGGAGAUCCAGCAGCUCCGGAAGGCGGUAAAGGGGAAGGAGGGAGCGUUCUCACAGGAGCGGAAGACGCUCAUCGAGAGGCUGAGGGUCGUUGAUGAGCAGAGGAGGGAGGCGGAGACUGCGCUGGACGAGAACGACCUCAUGUGGCAGCAGCUGUUUAACAACCAGAUGGAGCAGCUGAAAAAGAAGGUCCAAGAUCAAGACGCAGCCAAGCAGCAGCAAGACGCUGUUGACGGCGAGGGAGCGGCGAAUGCAGGGGAGGACGGUGAAACCAAGAGUGAGGAGAGUGCGGCGGGUUUGUAA